CAUGGGAAUGCUAAAAGUAAAAGGGUACGAAACUGGUGAAGGUUGCUAUGCUAGUUGGGGUCUGUUCUGUACACACCAAAUCCCAACUGUCCCGGAAUCUGAACAUAACCCUCUGCAUCUAUCCUCUCACUUCUGACACAUUCCACCUUUGUUCUUCACUUUUGCUCCCUCUUUUGUUUUCUCCUGUCUCUUUCUGCCACCAUCUCUUCCCUCUCUCUCUUUUGUUCCUCAAAUAUUCUCUUUUUGGGUUCCUCUUACACCAUAGCUGAGGCAACAACCUACCUUCUACCUUGUCCUGUUUCGUCACUUUUUUCCUUUAACAGGAUUCAUUCACCUUCACCCCAAGAUCCCAAUUUUCGCUUCAAUUCUAUUAUUAUCACUCUCUGAUGAUAUUGAUAUGAUAAGGAUACAUAUUCAUUGUAAAUGGGAAUCGCUUGUGCUGGCCUUCAUAGUUGAAUCUUGAAUUCAUACAUGUGUACAUGAGUUAUAUUCAUUGAUAUUUUGGUGAAUUCAUAAAUUUAAAGAGAGUGAUUGUGACAUGGAAAUGUUGUUUAAUUGCAAGCUAUUGAAGUUUAUGGCUGGUGGCAAUCUGAAUUCCACAGCUUGCAAAUGUGUGCUUCUCUUUGUUGCUGUUUUGAUCCUCAGAACUCUGUUUCUUCCUCAUUCCCCUGGCUUUGAAUGGAGCAACAUUGUAUAUGUCCGCAACCAAUCUCCAUCGGUCGGUUCCGGAAUUCGGCAAGACAAGUUCUUGGAGGUUCCUCAGAUUGUGUGGGGGCUGAAUAACCAGAAGAUUGCAUUUGCAAGGGCUUGCCUUACUGCCAGAAUGCUGAACCGGACACUACUAAUGCCUAGUCUCAGUGCCUCCUUGUUCUACAAGGAAAUUGACCUCUUGCAGCCCAUUUCAUUUGAUAAGGUGUUCCAAUUUGAUAAGUUUAAUGCACUCUGCAGUGGUUUUGUCCAACUGGGUCGCUACUCGGAUCUCUCGAAUGCGACUCGAGUGCUUGAAAUGCAGAAAGGAAGUGGUAGGAAGUGGACAAUGGAGAGGGAUUUGGAUCAAUUGGAACAGCAUAGCAGGGUAUCCUCAUUUGAUGAUCAUGAAACAAUUCGGAUAGUUGGGAAAAACCCUUUCUUGUGGCAUGACCAUUGGCCUGUGAAGGAUUAUGCAAAGGUUUUUGAGUGCUUAGUUUUGGUGGAUGAGAUUUCUCAAGAAGCAGAUAGAGUUGUGUCUAGGAUUAGAGGAAGCACUGAACCUCUACCAUAUGUUGCUGUGCACAUGAGGGUGGAAAUUGAUUGGAUGAUUCACUGCAAAAAAUUGGAGCAGAGAUUAAACACAAACCAAAUUUGCAGCAGUGAGAAAGAGAUAAAAGAAAGAGUUAGGAACAUUGCAGAUUUGAAGAGACCUGUUGUUGUUUAUCUUGCAGUGGCUGAUAAACUGCUUAAGAAUUCUUCCAUACUGGAAGGUUGGGAAGAAGGGCUUGUACCUUUUGAGAAGAAGAAACUUGGUGUUGAUGAGAUUUAUAGAAAGUAUCCUUAUCUGAUUCAGUCUGCAAUUGACUAUGAAGUGUGUUUGAGGGCUGAUAUCUUUGUUGGGAACAGUUUCUCCACUUUUUCAAGUCUUGUGGUUCUUGAAAGAACACAGAAGAUGAUCAGAAAUGUGGAUGUGAGAUGGCCUUCUUAUGCUUAUAAUGUGCCUGGAGAGUUAAAUGGCCCUAUGAGAUGGGUUACAAAUAUGUCUGAUUCAAACCUUCAAGCAAUCAGCUAUGGCACUAAUCACAUUUCUUCUUGAAAGAGAGCCUAUGAAAACCCUGCCACACAUCUAAGACCUGCUCUUGUUUCAAAGUUCUUCACUCCUGGAUUUUUUGGGUUUAAGCAAUAGCUAUCUUCCAAUGAAGCAAUCUCCUUCAAGUCGGGUAAGAACACUAGGGUGGAAAAGCUCUCCUGCCAAGUAUUUAUCGCAAAUACUUUAACAGGAACUCAAAUUUGAGAUGUCCGCUUAAACUAGAUCAACCUCGCUCAAUUGAUCCCCUCGAUUUAGAUUAAGGCACUUGAAUGUUGAUAUUAUUCUUUUUUUAUGUAAAGAAUUCCACCAUGAAAAACAGCUGUUUAUAUGAGGUACAAAUUCUCAUCUUAUAAAAAUUCAAAUCAUUAUUUAUUAA